UCCACGGCCAGGCCAGGCCACACUCCACACCCCCUCCGAUGUCCCUUUGCUCCCCAAGUGGAAAGGGAAAGAGCGAGACCCACCCCGUCUCCCUCCCCCUCCGCCACCCGAUCUGCUGCCGCGCUGCUUCUUCUUCUUCUUCUUCUUCUUCUUUUUCUUCGCCCAGGUUUCAACAAUGGGGCACGACUCCGGUCUGAAGCGCCAGUCCCAUUCCAGGCUCAGGCCAGUUCCUGAGCUCCCGCAAACACCUUGCCGUCCUCACGGAGAAAAUGACAGAAGAUACAGCCAGCUGAAAUGCUCGGACGGCGGCGACUCAGGGGAGCUCCGCCUGGGAGUGGGCGGCCACAUACCCAAUUUCCACUGCAAGAGCCUGCCCACCAGAAGCCGGCUGACCAAUGCGGAGGAAAUCGCCGUCGCCAAGCGCGGCUCCAUGUACCAGAGCUCCAGCGAGAUCACCAGGAUAAGGAGGCUCCAGGAGGAGGGCAGGAGGAAGAUCGACUCCGCGCCCAGCGGGGACGAGUUCCUCUCCUUCGACAUUGUCGACGACGGCGAGGCCUCCUCCCGGCCGAGCACCAGCGGGAGCGGGGCGCAGUACCUCUUCUCCCACCGCAGCCGGCGGUCGGAGGCCGCCAAGUCCUCCGUGGAGACCCGGAGGGUGAACCGGGCGUCCACCAAGGACUUUCUCGACUUGUCCUUUCGUGAGCUGCCCGAUGAAGAUUUUAAGCUUGGCCGGCCGCGGAUGGACUGCACCCUGCUGAAGAGCGAUGAUGCCGCUGAUGGUUUCUUGGAGAUAACCAUUGAGGAAGAGGAGUCCACAGCAAGAGCCCCCUGCAGAAAUGCAGCUCCCCAUUUGCUGGAUGGAGAGUCUGCUAGAGGUGCAGAAGCAGAUCGUCAGCUCAACUCCGGUGUAUGUCCUGGUGAAAGUAACCACCAUGGUGAGAAGCAGAGGGUUCCAGCAAGUAAUAUUCCUGAUAAGUCUGUGCCAGCAAAGGGGGAGAGCGCCCCUGAUGACACCAGUCCAUCAGAAUGUGUCAAUCGCAGCACGGAGAACAUCGCUAAAUCUGCUCGAUCAAGUCCUUUCAAGAAGAUGCUGAGCCCGAUCAUGAAGUCCAAGUCUGUUAGAAGCAGCCCAACUCUUGUUGACAAGGAAGACCCCAACUCUGCUGCUGUGCCGGCAAGCGGCAAAACCUGCGUAUCCCGCAAAUCGUUGCUCAGUGAUCUCUCAAGGACUGAGCGGAGCCAAGGAUCGCCCAAUUGCCAGCCAAACGGAGAAAGUCGGCAUAUGACGGAGGCUUCUUUGUCACCUGCUCAUCUUCGAGCAGUUCUUAAAAUUGAUUCCAGAAAUGGUAUUCCCUUUUAUGACUUCUGUGUCGAGGGCCCGGAAGAAUCCAUUUCUGCUAGGUCCUGGGAGAGUGGGAGUGAACUGAGCCGGAUUUACACUUUCCAUAGCGGUGGCAAACGAGGAAGCACUGCUGGGAGGUCAUCCAAAGACGAACGCAGAUGCUUGCCUCCAACUGUAGGCCAGAUGCACGCUUCGUCCUAUCUUUGCUCUGAAGUUGGAAAAGAUGGUGUUCUGAAUAAUUCUGUCAACACCGAGUUUGUUCUGUACGAUACCGCUCACGCAAGACGAAGUUUUGCUGCCGAGGAGAAGACCCAGAGUACAGAGCCCAGUCAGCCGAAAUCCUGCGUUGAUAAAUCGGUCUCUGGUGAAUAUCCACAGAAGAUUAAUCUGAUUGACCAUCAACAUGAUGCAAGGAAUAAUCCAGAGGUAUCGACAUCUCGUCCAUGGUCUGAAGAGGAUCUUUAUCCUCAUUUGGAGAUUGCAGCAACAGUCAUUCAGAUUCCAUUUAAUAAGGACAAGAAGUGUUCGUCCGCUGGUUCUAUCAAAGUGGUCACCCCGAGUGGGCUGCAUGGAUUACCAGACGACAAUGAAGUCAGCCCAUCAUCCUUGCUAGACAGAUGGAGGUAUGGUGGAGGGUGUGAUUGUGGCGGAUGGGACAUGGCCUGUCCACUCCUCGUCCUCGAGAAUGCUGCUUAUGAUGAUAACUGGGUUGAUUCUGUGACGAAGGAAAGCAAACACCCCAUGGAGCUCCUUGUUCAGGGUAGCAAAGAAGAGAUCCCUGCCCUUUCCAUGAAAGCCGACGGGAAAGGGCAGCUGUUGGUGGAUUUCCAUGCGCGGCUAUCAGCGUUACAGGCAUUCUCAGUGUGCAUCUCUCUGCUGCACUGCUCAGAGGCUUCGACGGCCGUCGUCAUCGAGAAGGGCAAGCACAAGCUCUACUCCAGCUCCCUCAAGAUGCUCCUUGAGGGGGAGGUGAUGCAGCUGAUCGAGGCUGUCACGGCCGAGGAGAAGAAGAAACUGAAGACGACGAAGCGGGAGAAGGCGCCUCCGUCUGUCGUGUUCGACCCGCGGCGCCCGCCCUUCUCCCCCCUGGGAAGAGUAUAGGCUGAGUAAUUCUCAUUGCGUGUAACAUUAUCGGUCGUGAUUCGGCUUGGUGUUCAUAUUCUUUUUGUGAUAGAAAAGGGGUAAGUUUUUGUUUUUUACCUUGUUUGUAGAGGUUGAGGAGGAGGUUGCAUGUACUACUAGUAGUUGGUAGUCUUUAGGUUGUAGGGUACCAGAAGCAAGGCCAUGAGUUAUUUGCUGAAUGAAAUGCAGAGCAGAGGAGGUUGCCUGUACAAGAGCGGCAGCUCCAUGUUCCAAUCCAACAGAAAGAAUAUAAAUAAGAAAAGCUCAUUUUGUAA